GCGCGCAGUCACCUCCCAGAUGAGCGCGCUCGCAGACAGCUGCGGGCCGCCGGCCGCCGGGCAUGUCCCUUGAUUGCGCGCUGGCGGCGGGCACUGGGCCCCCGCGCAUCCUGGAGCCGGACAACCGAACACGCUUCUCCUUCUUCUCCGAAGUCAAGGGCGACCACCGGCUGGUGCUGAGCGCCGUGGAGACCGUCGUGCUGGCGCUCAUCUUUGCGGUGUCGCUGCUGGGCAACGUGGGUGCCUUGGUGCUGGUGGCGCGCCGACGGCGCCGCGGCACCACCGCCUGCCUGGUGCUCAACCUCUUCUGCGCCGACCUUCUCUUCACCAGCGCCAUCCCGCUCGUGCUGGCCGUGCGCUGGACCGAGGCCUGGAUGCUGGGCCCGGUCGCCUGCCAUCUGCUCCUCUACGUGAUGACCCUGAGCGGCAGCGUCACCAUCCUCACGCUGGCGGCCGUCAGCCUGGAGCGCGUGGUGUGCAUCGUGCGCCUGCAGCGCGGGGUGCGGGGCCCCGGCCCGAGGGCUCGGGCGGCGCUGCUCGCGCUCAUCUGGGGCUACUCGGCGCUCGCCGCGCUGCCGCUCUGCGUCUUCUUCCACGUCCUCCCACAGCGGCUUCCGGGCUCCGAGCAGGAAAUUCUGAUUUGCACACUGGUUUGGCCCAGCAUCGCCGGAGAAAUCUCCUGGGAUGUGUCCUUUGUCACCCUGAACUUCUUGGUGCCAGGACUGCUCAUUGUGAUCAGCUACUCCAAAAUUUUACAGAUCACCAAGGCGUCGCGCCGGAGGCUGACGGUGAGCCUGGCGUACUCGGAGAGCCACCAGAUCCGCGUGUCGCAGCAGGACUUCCGGCUCUUCCGCACCCUCUUCCUGCUCAUGAUCUCCUUCUUCAUCAUGUGGAGCCCCAUCAUCAUCACCAUCCUGCUCAUCCUGAUCCAGAACUUCAAGCAGGACCUGGUCAUCUGGCCGUCCCUCUUCUUCUGGGUGGUGGCCUUCACGUUCGCCAACGCGGCCCUGAACCCCAUCCUCUACAACAUGUCCCUGUUCAGGAACGAAUGGAGGAAAAUUUUCCGGGGCAUCUUCUUCCCAGACAAGGGAGCCAUGUUUACAGACACGUCUCUCAGGAGAAAUGACCUGUCCAUCAUUUCCACAUAGUUAAUUUUUCUCUAGAGGCAGCGUGGGUCCCUCUGGUGAGCCACUGGUGUGUCUUCGAAGGGAGUGCAUCUCCAGGACCCUCACACCAGGGUGCCCUGCUUUAGGAAGAUGUAACCUAUGCAAAUACGUUCAGGGCACCAGUAAAUUAAGGGGAGAUCCUUCAGCGAAAGCAUUGUAUCCUUUAUAAAAGGAUUUGUUAUGGGUUUCUUGAAAUAUGAACUUUUUCAGUGUGUUUGUCGUAUGAUUGAAUAAAUUUUUAUUUAUACCUGUUCAACAA